AUGAGCUCUGGCCCCCACCAUACUUACAGAGGCCAUCGACGGCAGUCUUUUGUAGCCCAAGAUGUAAAUGAACUCGUCGAGCUCCGAGCUCGACAGCGCACCUUCCACGGGGCCUACAGUCGAACGGCCAUAGGUGCACUUGGCUACGCUAUAACCAUUCUUCGACUCUUUGAUCGGGAUUUCUAUCGCAUCGGACUCUUAUUUGCUAUACUCGGUGCCCUCCUCUUUAUUUUGGCAUUCUUUCGUGCCCGCCAUUCGGCCCAUGACUUUGCGGACAGGAGUAAGGAAGCUGCGUCCGUGGACGAAGGUAUCCAAACGGUCGGGCAAGACACGUCCCGGAUAUAUGGACGCCCGUUUGUUACUGCCGGGUGGAUAGUGCUACAAGUCUCAGCGGUAGUGGCUGCCGUGGAAAUUGGCAUGCUGAUACUUAUCCUGCGACGAGAUGCUCCUUAA